CUACGGCACAGCGAGGAGUUGUCGGCCAUGCUGCGGGCGUUCCCUGCUCUGGUGGUGGCUGGGUCCCGCUGGCCUGUCUACGAGGCGUUGCAUCAUUUCAGCACGCUUCACACGCCAGCCUCUGAGGCAUCCGCCGUUGUACUGUGCACAGACGUUAAGUCCGUUUCCGGCAUCGACUGGGGCCAAUUGUUGGCCAACGCUAUCCAGUGGGGCCAGCAGGGAAUUCUUGGACUGGAGCCCGGACAGGGAUCUCCGGAGCAUACCUUGGCGCUAAAGACAGUGCUGGACGCAUUGGGAGCAGAACCCCAACGUUUUGCCGAUGCUGCACAGGAUGAGUGUCCCCUAGGCUUUCUUUUCCUUUGCAUAGUUCAAAUGAUCGCUGCAGCCAUGAGAUUGACGGGCACAGUUCAUAUUUGGGCAAAGUCAGUCGACAAGCUUAUGGCGGAUAUCCCGUACUUCAUGGUUUCUGGAUCUCAGUGGCCCAUCUAUCAGUUGUUGGGCAUGCUGUCUGCGAUGUUUCAGCGUCCUGAAUACAGCCGCGCGCUUGGACGUCAGUUUCAUGGAGAAGUGCACAGAUGGGGAGGUACUCACCCCAUGUCUAAACGCUUCCGAGCAUUUGGGGAUCUUCGCCUGCGACCU